GGUGACUUUGAUCCCUCCUCCCCCGAAUGCCACGCGAAGACGAAAGCUUCCCGCAUUAAAGAAAAGGAAACGGUCUCCUAGAGAGAGAAAGGAAAGAGACAGAGCGAGAGGUAGAGAGAAAGAAAGGAAGUCGGCGUUGCAGAUGGAUGGCAAAGCCUAGCUCUAACCCUAGAAUCCCCCGGAUGGCGUCGUCGCGGGUGAUGGCGUCGUCCUCGUCGGCGAACUCCGAUCUCGCGCGCCAGUCCUCCCUCUUCACCCCGGCUGUCGCCGACCUCCAUAGCUCGGCCGGCGGCGACUCCAUCAAGACCCUCGGAUCCAUGAACAUGGAGGACCUCCUCUGCAACGUCUACCCGGAGAAUGCUGCGCCCUUCGCCGGCGGGGAGGCGUCGGCGUCAGAGCCGGGGUCGCGGCAGGGGAGCUUGGCGCUGCCGAAGGAGAUUGAGGGCAAGACGGUGGAAGAGGUCUGGAGGGAGAUCGCCGCCGGCAGGAAGGCGGACGGCGGGGACGGAUCGGGCGGGCAGAUGACACUGGAGGACUUCCUCGCGAGGGCUGGGGCGGUGAGGGAGGAGGAGCUUAGGGUUCCUUCGGGAUCCGCGCAGGGGGGUUUUGGGUUGGAUUCGGUGGUGAUGGACGGUGCGUUCAGCCAGCAGCAGCAGCAACUGCCGCUCGAGAAUCCGGUUCUAGGGUUUGGCAAUGAAGUGGUUGGUGGCGGCGGAAGAGGAGGGAGGGGAAGGAAGAGGGCGGUGUUGGAUCCAGUAGACAGGGCGGCGCUUCAGAGGCAGAAGAGGAUGAUCAAAAACCGGGAGUCGGCUGCUAGAUCGAGGGAGAGGAAACAGGCCUACACUGCGGAACUUGAAUCUUUAGUGACACAGCUGGAGGAGGAAAAUGCUCAACUACUGAAAUAUCGGGUGGAGCAGCACAACGAGAGGUUCCAGCAGCUGAUGGAAAAUGUAAUCCCAGUUACUGAGAAGAAAAAACCGAAGCCACCUCUGCGAAGAACUUGUUCCAUGCAAUGGUAGGAAGGGUGCCAACGGAGUCCUGAGUGGUGGUUUUUAAUUCCAUUCAUAGAAACUCUAGAAGAAAUUUAGAAAGCCGUGACUGUUUGAGGGGAAGUCAGUAUGUGUAAAAAUGUAGAACAGCAGCCAACAGAGGCAGCGAAGGUAACAUUCUAGAUGGAUGAGGGAAAGUGGUUGAUGGACUUGCAUCUUUUUCCGUUUUAAUUUUAUGCUGUGAAAGAACAAGGGGGUUGUAAAGAGACUUUUGAAUAAGCAGGCCGCUUAGAUGUGACCUUUAUAUGUAUUUUCUCAAUAUACAAAAUCUCACAGAAAAUAAUUCACCAUUCAAACAUUCUCAUCUUCA